GGUAACUGCUACGCUUAGGUGAGGUAACGGAAGGUCUCCGAGGGAUUUUCACUGCUUUGGGCUGGUCUUUCCUUUCCUGGGCCUAACCGCAGCCCCUUUCCUCUGGCCCCGGAGACGCUCCUCAUCGUCCGUUCAACCGAACCCAAGUCUGCCGUUUUGGACCCCGUGGACCUUUCCUCUUCUAAGCCUAAACGUGCAGGCAGAAGCCUCUGUCAGGCGUACAUUUCCGAGUUUCCUGUGGUGGGUGGAAGAACGAAGGGGAAGGUUCUUAAGGUUAGCGAAGGCUAAAUGGAAGAAAUCCACUGUAUUGUUUCGGUCAGGACAGUUGUAACUGUCGGGCCAAUCUGCAAGUUCCACUUCCAGAAUUGGAAAUGGGCUAUAGAACCUCAGUUGACCUGGAAAAACUAAGCAGGGUGGGACUUAAUCAUACUGGGAUGGGAGACCACGAGAAAAUCCCAAGGAUGUAGGCUGAAAGUCAACAGCAAACCUCUGCCUUAUUGUAGCCAAGGACAUUAGAAAUUAUGGAGGAUAGUGAAGGAAAUCCAAAAAAGCAACUGAUUUCCGAGCUUCACCAUUUUGCUGCUGAUGGAAAUAAAGCCAGGCUUAUAGCACUGCUAGAUCAUUCUCCAUCCCUUAUAAAUGAAGCUGCAACGAACGGUUGGACAGCCCUAAUGUAUGCGACUAGAAAUGGUCACUUUGAAAUUGCACAGGUCCUUCUUGAAAAGGGGUGUGACAGAUCCAGAACCAAUACUUCAAACCAGACUGCACUGGAUAUUGCUAGAUUUUGGGGCUAUAAAAACAUAGCUAAUUUAUUAGCUAAUGUGGAAGAUGGAUUGGAGCCAUUUUUCUUGACUUGUCAAGUCAAAGAACAUGAACAUUAUUUUUGCAGGACAUUUUUGGAUAGGAAGAGUGAGAAGAGAGCAGAUUCAAAGUGGCUGAGCAUGAAACAGAAGGAGCCAACAACCAUAUAUAUAAUUCUUUCAAAUUUAAAUCCGUUGGUUACAUCAGAUGAUGGUGAACAUAGUUUCCAUUAUCCAAAGGUCAAGCUUUGUAAAUUUCACUAUAAGGAUAUAAAGAGAUACCUGGAGCAGCCUGAAGCUAUCACUACAAUUUUUCUGGGAGUAGAACUUCAAUGUUUAAAUGUAAAAGAUUCAAAUGCAGGCAAAAAAGAUGAGGAUGGCCUAGUUACCUGGUUUGCUCUUGGAAUAGAUUCUGCAGCUGCUGAUAGAUUUCUACAAGAGCAUCAAGGUUGUUAUUUCCUUCAUCCACCAAUGCCUACACUGCUGCAGUUAUCUGAAAAUGAAGCUGGAGUCAUCGCGCAAGCUAGGUCUGUUCUAGCAUGGGAUAACCGGUAUCAGUUUUGCCCAACGUGUGGCAGUGCAACUAAAUUAGAAGAUGGAGGCUACAGGAAAUUAUGCUUAAAAGAAGACUGCCCCAGCCAUCAGGGAAUUCAUAAUACAUGCUUCCCAAGAGUUGGUAAGAGAACUGCAAAUCCUGUAGUGAUAAUGCAAGUCAUUCAUCCAGAAGGCAAUCACUGCCUUUUGGGAAGGAAAAAAACAUUUCCCCCAGGCAUGUUUACAUGUCUUGCUGGAUUUGUAGAGCCUGGUGAGACAAUUGAAAAUGCUGUUCGAAGGGAAGUAGAAGAGGAAAGUGGAGUUAAAGUGGGCCAUGUUCGGUAUGUCUCUUGUCAACCAUGGCCAAUGCCCUCCUCCCUAAUGAUUGGAUGCAUAGCAGCUGCAGUGUCUACAGAAAUUAAAGUUGACAACAUUGAAAUAGAAGAUGCCCGCUGGUUCAGUAGAGAACAGGUAAUAGAGAUCCUCAAUAAAAAGAACCAAAAUAUUUUUGUACCACCACAUCAAGCCAUUGCUCAUCAGUUGAUAAAGCACUGGAUUGGAAUGAAUGCUAAUCUUUAAAUUCAGCAAAUUGUAUAUUUAACUUGUAUCAUAGCUGUAUCUUUUAAGAUAAAAUUAAACUUAAUGUAACUAUGAUCAUAAUUUUAGAAUUCUAAUUCUGUUAGCCCCCACACCCUCCCUAUAAUAUUUGUAUUUACAGUUCUUUUAACAAAUUUUGCAUUGUCAAAUAUUGCCUAGUUUCUUGAUAAAUAAGCUGAUAAAAGCUUGCUUUAUUAGGAAAUAACUUGGGUGUUUUGCUAGCAAGCACAGUAUAUAUUAUUGGAAUCAGUACCUGUGAUAGCCCUUGACUACAUCCACUAACCUCCAAACUUUUUUUUUAAUGUAAUUAAUAUUUUAAGUGAAAAAUGUCCAAAAAUUUCAUAAGUAGUAGUAUCUUACUCACUAGUUGUUCAAUAUGUGUAGCAGAAUUGUCAAUAUAAUAUCAGUAUAAUAUUCUUACCAAUUUACUGUGCAAUUUUUAAAAUGCAAUUGUG